AUGAUCCACUGGUGUGAGCGGGAGGAGAGCAGGCCCACAGAGCGCCGGUUUGAGUUGCAGCAGUUCCCCCGGCGGGUCAGCAAAGGGAGGGUCACGGAGAUCAGCAAUGUGAAGUGCAUCACGCGAUUGCCGAAAGAGACCAAGAGGCAGGCCGUGGCCAUCAUCUUCACCGACGACUCGGCCAGGACCUUCACCUGUGACUCGGAGCUGGAGGCCGAGGAAUGGUACAAGACCUUGUCCAUCGAGUGCCUAGGAGCACAUCUCAACGACAUCAGCCUGGGAGAGCCCGACCUCCUGGCUCCCGGGGUGCAGUGUGAGCAGACAGAGCGGUUCAACGUGUUCCUGCUGCCCUGCCCGAACCUGGACGUGUAUGGGGAGUGUAAACUGCAAAUUACCCACGAAAAUAUCUACCUCUGGGACAUGCACAACCCCCGGGUGAAGCUCAUCUCCUGGCCCCUGUGCUCACUGCGCCGCUAUGGACGUGAUGCCACCAGGUUCACCUUCGAGGCCGGCCGGAUGUGUGACGCAGGGGAAGGGCUCUACACCUUCCAGACCCAGGAGGGAGAGCAGAUUUACCAGCGGGUGCACAGCGCCACCCUGGCUAUCGCAGAACAGCACAAGAGGGUCCUGCUGGAGAUGGAGAAGAAUGUCAGGCUGCUGAACAAGGGCACAGAACACUACUCCUAUCCCUGCACACCCACCACCAUGCUGCCCCGGAGCGCCUAUUGGCACCACAUCACUGGAUCGCAGAACAUCGCCGAGUCCUCCAGCUAUGCCGGUGAAGUGUACUCGGGGGCCCAGGCCAGCUCGGACACAGACCUCCUGAACAGGUUCAUCUUACUGAAGCCAAAGCCUGCAAAAAGCGGCAAGAGUGACAGCAAAGAGCCCAAGUCUGCUUCUCAGUGACCAUGCGCUGAGUGGAGAGACCCCCCGGGCCGGGCCAGGCUGGAGAAAGAGGGUGUUACAUGCAGGAGACAUUUGUUUUCCAGUGCCCCCUCCCCUCCUUUCCUGAGGAUGCUGAAGUUCUGGGAA